GUAGGACUUUACCCCAAAGGGAGUCCUUCCAGAAAUUCUCGAAAGCCUAAGUUAAACUCAGGCCUAAGAGGGGGUUUGGAAAUAGUUUUCAACCAGCAAUAG